CCUAGACAAGUUGCUAAACCGCUAGGUAGUAGAAUGUCAGUUGGUGAUGCUUUUUCAUAGAAUAGCAAGUAGAAUACAAUGAGGAAUCCAGUUAUGCAGGACAUUUGAUUGCAUUUCAAGUUUUUCAAAACCAUUCUUUCUGUGACCACGAAUAAGUUCCAUUAAUAAACUUUAAAUCAUCAUCAAUUAAAAAUUUAAUUAAUAAAAAUGGAUGAAGAUGAAGAUUACGUUGUAGAAGAGAUUCCGGUGUUUCUAUCAAAAAACUUGCAAGACAAUUUAUAUCUCUUUCAAUACCCCACCAAAACUCACAUUACCAAUUUCGAUUCGGCAAAUGUAGUAAAUUGCUGUGUGAAACCUUUUAGCAACGAUGUCAAAGUCGACUUUGCCAUGAACAUUGAAUCCAAAUACUACGAUCGUUUCAAAGGCGAACAAUUUGCCAUCAUGGCAGAUGGCAAGACUCAAGCCAAAGGCGAACGACCCUCAUUCAAACAUGGCAUCAUGGAUAAACAAUCUUAUAUUAGCACAAAAUCCAUAGACAAUGCUGCAAAGUAUGUUGUCGGGAUUCUGCAAGAUAAAGAAGUCCAUUUGUCCUCGUUGACAAGCAUUUUGCAAUUACGCCCGAAUUUUCAGUAUUUCGAUAAAGAGGACAAACGUGCCAAGGCGGAGGAAAAGUCAAUCAAUGAAGAAGACGACGACGAAGAACUUCAGCAAGUCACUGUGAAAUUUUCGAAAACUGGAGCGAAUCGUAAUAAGAAAAUCAAAGACAAAAGCUAUGAUAGUUUUGUUAAACGAUGUACUGAAGAGCCUUGGUGUGAGACACUUUGGCAUCCUCGAACAUCGCCAACUGCUGAGCUGGAGCGACAAAAGUUAUUUGCCACUCAACAGCAGACAAGUCAUUCAAUGGAGUUGAAAGCUCAAAAGUAUGCUGGCAAAUUGUUGAUUCAAAAUUGCCAGGAAAUGAGUAUCGAUACGGUUCUGCCAUCUAAGGUGAUUGGUAAGAGCAAGUUAAAAACUAUGCCGUUGACUGAUCAAUUGAAGGUGAUUCUUAAAGAUGCUCGCAUGCUUACUUUUGAUGAUAUCAUGUCGAUACUGACAGAAAGUGAUGAAUGUCUUAGUUCGGAAAGAAAUGUGAAUGGUAUAAAUUCGGAAAAAUUCACUCCAUUACUUGUGCUACGGACUUUGGCGCUAGUGGGAGUAUUAAUUAAAGGCAAUUGGGUUGCCAAAUCAGAAGUCAUUUAUCCUCCAGAUAAUUUAUCGAAUGCUAAUGGUGUUGGUUCUGAUUUGAUGAUUCGUGCUAGAGACUAUAUUCUUUACAAAUUCUCCAAACAAGAAUUCCUAGAUCGACGUCAAGUGAUCCAAGCAACUCAACUACCACCCGAAGAAGCAUUAGAAACCUUACAAUCCGUAGCUAAAUUAAAUACGGAAAAGAAAUGGCAACUCCUUUUACCACCCGAUAAAACUUUCAUAAUUCGCUACUCGGAUCAUGUGCAACGACAAGAUAUGCUUUGGCAGGCUACCGAACAGACAUUUAACGAAAUGGACUUUGAAAAGUCACCCAAACGAGUUCGCAAACGAUCUGUCAGAGAAGCCAAAUUAGAUAAGUCAUUAGCGUGAGAUCACCUAUCGAAUUGUUAAGUUUCUAUUAUAUAAGAAUUAGGUUUUAUACUACUACACACAAAAUGUAAAAAAUAAAUACAAAAGAAAAAAAAAGAAAUUAUAAUAUUAAAUCAAACAUUAAACAUAUAC